ACCGCUUUGGUCGUCCGUCGGGUGCGGAUUUCACUGAAGCCGUUCUGGAAUCUGCUUCGGGAUCUUGCGGACGUAUCAUUCGACCGAUACCGGUACUUGUGAAUAAUGUGUUGUCUGCGUGACCGCAGGUUCGAUAUGGCUCUGCAUUUGUUCUCACAAAGCGACACACUCUGGGACGAACAUUCUGCAAUAAUGAGGCACGGGUCGAAUUUCUGAACGACUCAGACACGGUCUCGAGCGCGGACUGUCACCUGUUCGACAGCGUCAGAGCCUAUGCUCUGAAGCUUCUCGAGUCACUCAUUACGUCCGCUCUGACUGCGACCUGGCCAUGCCGCACUCCACUCUGAGUCUCUCCACCACCACCUCAUGGAAGCCGUGUUCGAUAACAAGAACAACGUUCUCAAUGCGCAGAUUCGGGCCACUCACGACAACUCGGUGCUCUAUUCCCUGAGCACCACCUUCGGCUAUCGUGGUCGGAAAGCCACCAUCCUGCGAGACGAGAACCCAGCGCCCGGAGCUUCAUCGAUAGUCGGUGUAAUACACUGGUCCGACAAGACACUCGAAGUCUUUGGACACAGGAAGAAUUGUGUGGAGCUGAAACGACAAACGGGUUGGUUUUUCAAUAGGACGAAAUACUGGCGAUGGUCCCAAGAGCGAAAGGAAUACGAACUGCUCUACGAUGAUGAGGAGUGGAAGGCGACACUCGACCAUAAUAUGAGCAUCGCCGGACGAUUCUGUGUCCCUUCGCGACCCAGGCUUUUCAGCAAGACACCGCCUGUGCUAUUGCACCUGACCAAGACCGCGCUAGCAGAGGACGAAGUGUUUUUGAUUCUCGUGUUCGUUUACUGCGAAGCCCGGAGGCAAGACAAGACGAACAGUUAUGUCAGCGACACGGGUUGUUGGUGACCGGAAUGGACGAGUCUGAGAUAUUACAGUAUGUAUGUCUCAAGGAUCCUCUAGAGGACUCA